UUUUAUUUGUCGAAAUUUUAAAUUCAUAAAAUAAAAUAAAAAACACUAAUAAAAAAAAAUUCUUGUUCGUUACAAAAACCCUAUCUUCCGUCUCCAAUAAACCCUCAGCCAAUCUCCGCCGUAGAACGCCGCCGCACCGUCGUCUCACCUCUCAAAACAACCUCCGGAAUCAAACAAUUCAACACAAUGGCGAACGUUGCAGACGUAGACGCACUGGAUUUCGAACCAGAUGACGAUGAUCUAAUGGAUGAAGAUGCCGCCGUUGACGUCGAUGCAACUUCACCUAGGGUUUCCGCUCACAUACCGAAGCUUAAAUCCGCCAUCACCGGUGGCUCCGUCGCCGCUGCCGCUGUUAAGAAAACCAAAGGCCGUGGUUUCCGUGAAGAAACUGACGCUGAACGGAAUAAUCGUAUGUCAGGUCGCUUUGAUUCGCUUGAUUCCGAUGGCGGACCCGGUCCAGAACGAUCAAUUGAAGGGUGGAUUAUGCUGGUUACCGGAGUACAUGAAGAAGCCCAAGAGGAUGACUUACAAAAUGCGUUUGGAGAGUUCGGUGAGAUUAAGAACUUGCAUCUGAAUCUCGAUCGACGAACCGGUUUUGUGAAGGGGUAUGCGCUGAUCGAAUACGAAAACUAUGAGGAAGCAGAGAAAGCUAUAACUACAAUGGACGGAGGUGAACUGCUGACUCAGACGGUCAAUGUCGAUUGGGCUUUCAGCAAAGGUCCUUUUAGAAGGAUAAAUAAUAGGAGAAGAUCACCUCAUGGCCGUCGAUCAAGAAGUCCAAGGAGGAGAUUUUGAUUUGUUGGACACUUAAUCUACAGUGUGCGUUUUGGUUACGUUUAUGUUUAGAUCGCCAGGGAGUGAGUUUAAUUUGUUGUUUUUUAUAGUUUCGUUGUUCUUGAAUGUUUUUCAUUGCCUUUGAAAUUCUGAUGUAUGUUCUUGGACUUUAUCCAUAUGUUCUUGACCCAUCUUCAUCUACUACACACAUAUGCUCUUCACAUAUGCAUAAAUAAUUUGUAUUAAAAAUAGUUUUGUUUGCUUU